AUGCUGCAUCGUUCAGGCUCGCUAGUCGUCCUCCGUUUCGUCGCCAUGGUCGGGCACUUUUUCGCUGCGCUUGUCUUCACCUUCUCGAGGAGAGACAACGUCGUUGUCGCCCUCAAGUUUGACUACACCGACGCGGAGAUAGACGAUGGCGUGCACGAAGCCAGUGUAGCCUCCGCCCUCAUCUUGUCGUGCUUUGCGAUAGAGGCAGUCGCCUUUUUCGGCGGCUUCUCACUCUUUUCGGCUCUCCUCACGCUGCUGCACCUCACGUGCCAUACGAUUGGUGGCAUCCUGCUCGCGCUCGUCGUCCUGACCAAGGCGCACUACCAGUGGGCCUGGUAUAUCUUCGCCUUCUUUUCGGCGGUGCCAGCAGCUGCCGACCUGUGUGCGGUGAUUUCAAUGUGCAUCCACCGAGACAAGCGCUGGUAA